AUGGAAAGAAAAAAGAAACGCAAGGUCCCUUGGGGCUCGGGUAUCGACUUAGAGAAUUUUGGCAGCCUCCCCAACACCUCAGCAUCAGCGUUUGAAGGAAGGGGCGCGUCCUCCUUUUCGCUUCGACCACGGCUCAGAGAGGAGAUCGGGAGCUCCGUCCCACAAGACCAGGACAGAGAACAGGAGAGAAGUCACGAGCAGAUCUCGAGUGCUGAGCAAGGAACAUCCUCAGCAGCACCCAUGAGCACAGCACCUCGGGGCAGUGAAACAGAGGCGGAAAGACUUGCUGCCGCAAUCUGGAAGCGAGAGCAUCGGACGGGGAUAGCAGGCUCAGUUUUGACGGCCAUCCAGUUUGCCAAGAGAUGCAUGUCCAGCCUUAUCUUCGACCACAAGCAUGAAAAGCAAACGACAACCUUUGGCAGAAGCUGCGCCGAAACAGUAACUUCCCUCAAAGUAGCCGAGGACGCUACCCUCAACUCCAGGAAGGUUGGGUCUGUAAAUGGGGUUCAAGGCUCAGGCAAGAGCACAAUGAUGACCAAUCUCAGCAGCUGCGAAGAUGAAGAGAGCGUUCCUCAGACCGAUGCUGAGGCUGCACAUAGCCCCGAGCCGCAGCUGACCAUUCGGAUCAGUCAAGAGGAGUCCAAGGAGCGAUUCCCAAGGAUCGAAAGCUUUGUGGUGAACAGCUACAUAGAAACCUUCGACUUGGGAGAUGGGAAGACCUGGGAGAAGGCAGUGGUACUUGAACAGAACGAUCUGACGACUGGCCAAUACACAAUUCGUUAUCUAGACGAGGAGAACAAGACAAACCCGAGCGACCGUACCCAAGUUCGCCUUUGUGUUGAUCCACCCAAGCUCCAAAACGGAUACUUGCUCGCGAGGCCUUCGUACAGGGUGGCUACGGUAGCGGAAGCAGAGGAGUACUUCGGUAACAAGGAACGAGAGAUGGAGUCCUUUGGAGAGGGCAUUCACGCCCUGGGAAACUUCGGAGAUUCAAGUCUCGUGCCACUGGAAAAGACCUACACGAUGGGAGAGACCAAGGUGGUGUUGAGGGGAUUCAGCAAACGCUUGGUAGCCUAUUAUAUCCAUCAGCUCAUGGAGGAGAAGUGGAUGAACUCAGACGACUACGAUACUUCUCAACGCGAAUUCUCAGCAGCAGAGCUCAAGCGCAUCAAGGCCAACGGGGUGGUUGGUCGCAGAAUCAUUGGCGUUCCGGAGGCCACUCCCAUCGAGGACAUUCCGUAUGAGACGAUAUGCUGCUUUCAAGAGCAGGAGAAGGCCAUUGGAAAGGCAGGUCGCAAUUGGAAAGGCAGCCACGAGGGCCGAUCAGAGGACGAGAAGAACUUUCUGUUCCGCAAACUGUGCAAGGAGGUGAAGCUGCUCACCACGCAACGUCUCGAAGCGGACUGCAUCUUCAAUGACCUUUGCGUCCCGCUCUGGCACUCCGUGACGGAAAGCCAGCCGGACUCUUCGUUACCGGGGGUGGUUAUGAUCGACAACCCGGGCGAUAACUUUGUAUCGGGAACGCACGAACUGGGCGUCACGGUGAAGAGAAGCACGAGGUAUGCGGCGUGCCAGGAGACGGGGAAGAAACUUGGUCCCGAAACUCAGCUAGGCAAAGAGUACCUGAAGGUCCGGAAUCGAGUCGAUGCGCUCAAGAAGACGCGAACCUCCGAGCUACGGGACUUCGCCGUCAAAUACCUGCAGCGGGAACUUGGGAUACCGAGGGACCUUGCUCGACAGCUGGUCAAGAAACGGAUGGAGGAGGCCUUCCAAAUGUACGCUGUAUGCCUGCGCUACGGCCGUAAGAGGGACCACUACGACGGCCACGGAUCCCCGGGGGAGCCGCGCAUGGCACCGGAGGACGUCGGAAUGGACGCGCUGACGAACUUCAUAAAAAAGCCACCCCUCAGCCAUCGGCCCUUGAAACCCGUGAUCGUCGAGGCUUCGGCGCUGCUAUCUCAAGGACAAGCAGUCCUGGAAGGGGAGCUUGGGGUGUUCCGGCUGCAGUACGGCGGCCGGUCGGACGCCGACGUCCGCCAGGCCCUCGACGGACCAGUGCAAGCGGCUCUGAACAGCUUCACGGAGGAGAUGGCCCUAGUGUCCAUUCUCGAAAAUCAUGCCAAGAGGGAGAUGCGGGAGAAUUUGGAGGCUCGAGGGAAGAGGUGCACCAAGGAAGUGGCAGCGGAGCAGAUUCUUUCGAAGCUGGUCGACCCCGAGGUUUUGGAGUCUGACCCCACUCUAAAAGCAAGGGUCGGCAAAAAAGCCCUGAGCGACUUCCCACCCCAGAUCCUGGCCGCGCACAAAGAGCAGCUCACUGAUCUGCUGACAGACGGAGAUUUUGAGGGGGAGUCGGGGGUCUAUUCUGCGCUGGACCUUUUCCUACAUCCGAUCUUUGGAGUCCCCGAGCGGGUGGGCCUCAACGACAUAGCCAUACCCACCAGCUUGGUGACCACGUCAUUAGGCCUCACCCAAAGGGACAUUCCCGAGGGUGCGACCGAGCUCGGCGGCACCCUCCACGAGAUACAGCGGGCGUAUCGGCGGGUGGAGCGUACGAUUCUUGAACAGCUAGAUCUGGUAAAGGAUCAACUACUGGACGAUGUGUACAAGAGAGCGAAGCAGCUGGUUGAGGCUGAGAUGCUCGUCCUUGACGUUCACGCGAGCGGCAUCCUUCGUUCGCAGACCGUCCCCGACCUGGAUGCAACGUGUUACAUGGCGUCACUCUUCGAUCACCGCAGCUUGGGGGUGAAGACCUUCUGGCUAAGGUUACACUUAGCAGUCUCCACGAGCGGCUCGUUUCUGAGUCGCCUUCGCGCCGUCGAACAGCACCUUCCAAACCUGGUGAAGGGCGUCAUCAGGGGAGUCGAGCAUCAGCUUGGCAAGGACUGCCGCGCCUGGGAACAAGCAGCCCGAAGGAAGGUUGAGGCUGCUGUAAAUUCCGCCUGCGCCAACCUGCGUUCCAGCAGCAGGCAGCUGCCCCGGUCCGACGAGGACUGCGCCAAACAGUUUCCGAGGGUGCUCCGGGCGAUCAAUGUGCACUGCGCGCUGCGCAGCUGCGAGCCAGUCCUGCAACGCUUGAAAAACCUGUUGCCCUCUAUGGCCGGAGGUGACGCGCAUAACCCCCUCACAUUUCUGGAACUGAGUCCCGAGGACUUGGUGAGCUCAGUGCAGUCGAUUGAGCGUGAUGUCGCUCUCCUCACAGAACCGGAUCCGGCCCAGUCGAUCCUAGACGACAUCCGCCUCUUGGAAGCAUGCAAGCGCGCGGUUGCUGGCGGUCCAGGGAGGGCCCCGAAGUUCAGCGAAGCUCUCAGCGCGGCCGAAACUGGAAACCCGUCUAGCUGGUUUGACGGAACUCACGAGGGGAUUCCCAUGUCCGAUCCGGAGUGCGUAGCGCGGGUGAAGCUCUACUCCUUAGCCUUCGAGGAUGACCAGCUGCGAAGGGCCAUUAACAUCCUGAAGCUGGUGGUUAGAAAGCGGUUUUAUGACAAGUGGGUGGAGCAAAACAAGCCGAAGGAGGGCUUUGUGGUCACCACAGUCCCAGGCCAAGGAGGUUAUGCAGCUACUGGCGAUCCAAGGAAGACGGAGGUCGUGUUCCAGGCGAGGCUUGUCGCCCUUGCGUGCUGGAAAGAAGCCGAAGGCGUUGAGAGGGAGCGCGCAGAGCACCUGGGCAAGAAAGUUUACCCGCUACUGGAGAAGCAAAUGGAACGGGUAGCAGAGAAGAGGGGCUGGAGCUUGGAAGAUGUGGGCUGGAUCGAGGAGUCACACGUGCAAUUGUGGUUGCGAGAGUACCUGGGUGUUCAUGAGAACCUGGACGUGGCGUGGACCAAGAUCUUCAAGGACCGGGUGCCGGAGGGAGUGCGGUUCGAGCCAUCCGAGUCGAAAAAGAGGACUGCCUACGGAUUGCCUAAAAGCAGGGGCGCAUCGGGUGCCAGCUCCAGUGCUAGCUCUGAGCAUCUUGUUUGCGGCAAGUACGCAGCCGAUUCGGACCCGAAAACUUGGAAGAGGGAGGCUUGCGAGGACUUCAAAACGGACCUGCUUGUAAAGCAUGGAGCAACUACCAGGAGAGAAAACGGACAUUAUUACAUCCAAUUGCCAACAAGACAAGGGCAGCUGUCCAGUCUCAAAGCGGGCCAGCAAUGCACUGUUUGCUUGGCGCGCUUUGCGUCGGAAAAGCUGUACCAGCACCCCCACUUCAACGUUCCCAUCUGCGAGAGCUGCUUGGGGGCCUUCUGGAAAACGGAGAGUGGUCAGGAGGCGGCCUCGAAGUUUCAGUGCGAAGACAAGGAUGGCAUUGGGGACUUCUGUUCCUGGUGCGGCGCUGAUGGCAGGUGCCCAGCGAAGGACACGGAGAGACACCAGGCAUGCAACAAGUGCAGCAAGGCCUAUUGCAACGGCUGCCUGAUGCGGCUGUUCGGAAAAUUCAUUAAGAAGGACAUCGUACCCCGGGAGUGGCACUGCCCGGCGUGCUUGCGGGACGAAGGCAGCACCAGGAUUGAUUACUGGGUGAAGAAGGGCAGCUCACUGAGGGUCGCUCCCAAGCCUUAA